UCAACCAAAAGACUGGAUAUAAGGCAAGGUCUAAUCAAAUUUUUACUGAUUAAGCCUGGUCGAUCUCAGACUCCUAUAUGUGUCUGAAAGUUCAGCCUUCGUACAUUGUCUCUGGUGAACAUGUUCACGUGAGAGCAAGUCUACUUCAUGUCUCUACCCGAAGACACAACACUUGUAGUUUGACCCACCCGGACACAAAUCUAACAACCACUCAUCAGCAUCACCCUCCCUUACGGUCCCUUCAAAAGCUUUGAGUAACGUAGCCACUUACUACUCUUGAAGAAUCCCGAGCCCGGAUUG